AUCUGAGCAGAAUUGUGCUUUCAUCCCAUCAUUUAUUUCAUUUGUAUUUCUGACCAUGAAUCCGACGAGGAGUAUCGUCGCUGGUGUUCGACUUGUUGGCGGACGCAGAGUUUCUUCGAAACCAUUUAUACGGACAUUGUCAACAUCCGCGAAGCCCGCCACUCUGCCAGCAUCACAGCAAGAUGCAGUCAGGUCAUUUCAUGGACAAGUUCCAAGGCGGAGUGGAGCAGCAGAGGCAUCGAAUCCUGCCAUGGCAUUUCCUUGCCUAGACGCUUUAGAAUCAAAAUCUGCCACACUUGAAGCUCGAUCUCUAUCCAGCGGUCCCGAACCCUCCUAUACAAGUGGCGUGACGCUCAAAUACCAUUACAAAGAACCAUUAUUGCUCGAUUGGGGAGGAGUUCUACCCGAGUUCGAUAUAGCAUACGAAACCUGGGGCGAACUGAAUGCGGAUAAGUCGAAUGUUAUACUUCUGCACACAGGACUUUCAGCCUCGUCGCAUGCACAUUCAACAGAGAGCAAUCCCAAGCCAGGGUGGUGGGAGAAGUUCAUCGGACCCGGUGGAUGUCUCGAUACGGAUAAAUACCAUGUUAUAUGUACCAACGUGAUCGGAGGUUGUUAUGGCUCGACAGGACCGAGUAGUAUUGAUCCUGCGGACGGACAAAGAUACGCGACAAGGUUUCCAAUUCUUACCAUGGAAGAUAUGGUACGAGCACAAUUCCGCUUACUUGAUGGCCUAGGAAUCAACAAGCUAUAUGCGAGUGUUGGAGCCAGUAUGGGAGGUAUGCAAUCCUUGGCAGCAGGAGUUCUGUUCCCAGAACGAGUGGGAAGAAUUGCUAGCACUUCUGGAUGUGCAAGAAGUCAUCCGUACAGUAUUGCAAUGCGACAUACACAGCGACAGGUGUUGAUGAUGGAUCCGAAAUGGAAUCGAGGGUUUUAUUAUGACAGCAUACCUCCGCACGCAGGCAUGAAGCUGGCUCGAGAGAUUGCCACAGUCACCUAUCGAUCAGGACCAGAAUGGGAGCAGAGAUUUGGCCGGCGGCGGGCAGAUCCAAGCAAACAACCUGCAUUGUGUCCGGAUUUCUUGAUUGAAACGUACUUGGAUCACGCGGGGGAGAAAUUUUGCCUGGAAUAUGAUGCGAAUAGCUUGCUGUAUGUGAGUAAGGCCAUGGAUCUUUUCGACCUUGGAGCCAAAGCCCAAGCAGCCAGCUCUGCGCGUCGAGCUGCUCACGUUCAGCGACUUGAAGCCGGCCAAGAUGGAGAUAGAGAAGCUGCCAUGUGCAGUCUCACAUUGCCCGAUUCUCCAUACGAAGAGCAGCCAGAAUCCAACGCCCCUUCUGACCUCAAUGCACCCGUCGAACUUUCUUCUGGGCCGCCCCAAGACCUGGUAUUGGGAUUGGAGGUAUUGAGAGAUCAUCCCGCUUUGAUCAUGGGUGUUGAGAGUGACAUUCUGUUCCCCGCAUGGCAACAGCGGGAAAUCGCUGAGACAUUGCGAAAAGCGGGCAACAAGAGUGUGACACAUGUGGAACUCGGGGAAGACUUGAGUCUUUUUGGGCAUGACAGCUUCUUACUGGAUUUGGAACAUAUUGGGGGCAACCUUAAACAGUUCUUGGGAUAGGUUUCCCGCAUUGCUAUGGGAUUGAUGUAGCGGGGUACGAGGAGAUAAUGAUUGUACGAUUGUGCAUUGGGUGGCGUUCAUUCACAGCUUCUCUUCAAUAUCUAUACAUCACAUAACAAACAGCUGCAUAUCAAAAGCUCUCAAUUCAACAAGCACAAUUAUCAGCUUGGUAGUAUAUGCUACGCAAUAAAAUGGCAUCCGCAAUGCAUAGUGCAGCUAUCACGACUCAGUCCCAUCCCGUCGUCACACUCAAUUUCUGCACCUUCUCCAACAUUCACUUGAACUCACCCAUACAAACAGAUAGGAUUCCACCUCUGAACGCCACAGCUCCAUCAC